AUGCAGAUUCGAAUUUCCCUGGCACUUAGCCUCUUUACCAUCAUCCGGUCUGUCUCCGCCUUGGUCGCCUUUCCCGGUGCAGAAGGGUUCGGCGCCAACGCGAUCGGCGGCCGGGAGGGUUCAGUCUACGUGGUGUCCAACCUCGAUGAUUCCGGCGAAGGCUCUCUUCGCGAUGGUGUCUCGCAGCCAGACCGUAUUAUCGUUUUCUCCGUCGGCGGCGUCAUCAAAAUUGAGGACCGCAUGGUCGUUUCCAGCCGCGUGACCAUCCUCGGGCAGACGGCACCGGGCGACGGGAUAACGGUAUACGGGGAUGGAUGGUCGUUUUCGAACGCUGACGAGGCCAUCGUUCGGUAUAUACGAAUUCGCAUGGGCAAAGGAGGCACGUCAGGGAAAGACGCCAUGGGGAUCGCCGAAGGCAACAACAUGAUUUUCGACCACGUUUCGGUUUCCUGGGGCCGUGACGAGACCUUCUCUAUCAACGGGGAGGCAGCCAACAUCACUGUGCAGAACAGCAUCAUCUCCCAGGGCUUGGAGACACAUUCCUGCGGUGGCCUUGUGCAGACGGACGGUGGCGUCUCGCUGUUCCGCAACCUGUACAUCGAUAACAAAACCCGCAAUCCUAAGGUGAAGGGCGUCAACGAGUUCACCAACAACGUCGUGUAUAACUGGGGCGGCGGAGGUGGUUAUAUCGCCGGCGACUCCAGCGGCGCUUCCUAUGCCAACAUCAUCGGCAACUACUUCAUUAGCGGCCCAUCCACCAGUGUCACGGCCUUCACUCGGGGAAACGUAGACUUCCACGGCUACGUGGAGUCCAACUUCUACGACCCCGACCCGGACGGAAAGCUGAACGGCAGCGAGCUAGACGCCUCGGCCGCCAACUACGGCGGCAUGGAUCUCGUCGCGACCAAGCACGACCAUCCUGCGGUGGCAUAUACCAUGACUCCCGAUGAGGCGGUGACCUAUGUCACAGAGCACGCGGGAGCCUCCAAAGUCCGAGACGGUGUCGAUACGCAGUUGAUCGCGCAGGUCAAAACCUGGGGCAAAGAGGGUGAGCUGAUCUCAGACGAAGCCACCAUGGGAGGUCCAGGCGAUCUGGAUGGGGGUAAUGCCCCUGUUGAUACGGAUGGCGAUGGAAUUCCUGAUGAUGUGGAGAAGGAGCUGGGGACUGAUCCCAACAAGCAUGAUUCGAUGGAGCUGGACAGUAGCGGGUAUGCCACAUCAUCAAAAUUAACCUCGCCAUCCCAGAACCCUGAUGAUCGCCUGUCUCUUCUGUCAGCGUGGCUCGCGCUCGUUCCGCAGGCCCUGUGUGUCAUCUAUGUGACGCUUGUGUGGGCCACGCGCGAAGUAGAAGUGCUCCUCAUGUUUGUGGGCCAAAUGGGGUGCGAGGCGCUGAACUUCAUUCUCAAGCGGAUCAUCAAGGAAGAGCGGCCGCAGCAAAUGUACGGCAAAGGUUACGGGAUGCCCUCGUCACACGCGCAGUUCAUGUCUUUCUUCGGCGUGUAUCUGACGCUCUUCCUGAUUGUGCGGCAUACUCCCGGCGCGACGUCGCACUUGGUGGUGCGGGUUGUGGUGUUGGCGGUGCUUGCGGUUGGUGCCGUUGCCGUCGCUGCUAGUCGGAUCUACUUGAAUUAUCAUACCCUGAGGCAGGUCCUUGUCGGGUCGACCGCUGGUGUGGUGUGCGCUGUGGGCUGGUUCGCGGUGACUUCCUUUCUGCGGGAACAGGGGUGGAUUGACUGGGGGUUGGAGAUGGGAGUCGCCCGGUUGGUACGGUUGAGGGACCUGGUGGUGAGUGAGGAUUUGGCGGAGGCAGGGUGGCUGCGUUGGGAGGAGAAGAGGAAAUUGAGGCGGAAGGCCGCGAUGGAGAAGAGGCAGUAG